GGUCGUAUAGCUGAAGAGUUCCCCGGUAGGGAUGCAUAACGGGUGACCGAUACUUACGUCGGCAUGGUGACCACAUGGCAAACAAAUAUGAAUUGCACCCGAAGUAGUAGUCACAAUCGUCAUCUGACGUUGAUUGCGAUCUUUUUCUCGACAUUCGCGAACGCUUUCAAUGUGAAUAAUGAGGUACUCGAGUACUGGGAACCGAGUUCGUGUAAAUAUGAUGAAUACUUCGAUACCGUUUCUUUAUCCUGCUCGCGGUGCAACACCAGCAAGAAUCUCGAACCAGCCGCGAAUCGUUUGCGAUGUAUGUGCGACAAGUUCAGUAAAACGGUCGGUUUCGAGAACGGCAACCCCCUUUGCGUCACCUGCGGUCCUAACAUGACCGUGACCGCAGAUGGAGGAGAUUGCAUCCUGCGUGCAAAUGCAACGUGCAAGUGUUCUACAAACCAAAUAAAAUUGGACAGAAAUAUUAAUGGCAUGCUGCUGGAUAAUGUAUUUUGUGUAACAUGCGUCCAAGAUACGUAUCCAUCUCCCGAUUGUUCCAAAUGUCUGCCAUGCGACAGUCGCGAGUAUAAUGGUCACGUUAAUUGCGUAUGUCCAAGCACAACGCACAUAAGACUUCGAAAUUAUUGCCUGCAUAAGGAUGACAUCGCUGACUGGCCAGAUAUCAGAAAUACAUACUUGAUGAAAUUUCGGAGUGAAAACGUAGACAGUUAUUAUUUGAGAAGCGAACUGCAAAUAGCAGUGCAUCUCUGCAAAAAAAAAGAUAGGGUAGCAUGUGAACAUUUGUCAAAUAUAUGCGCCUUAACCCUUUACAGUGACGGUAUAGCUUGCAUGUUUUUUAUGCACACACCUAUGGCGCCUGUAUGGUUGUUUUAUAGUAAGCAGAAUACUAUAGCAAUAAUGAACGACACGAAAAUAUCCGAGAGAUACAGUCUUAAAAAGGGAGAUAAUAGCAGCAUCCUGGAUUUCACAAUUGCAAGAUUUGCGUUGAACGGUGAAUUCUUAUCUAUGAGCAGGCCGACUCUGCCGUGUCAAUUUUUGAGAAACGUGAGAUUUGGCGUAAAUUUUAAGAAGAAAUGCAAAACGACUGCUGCUGAAUUAUUAAACGCACAAAUGGAAUUACUGUCACCUUAUUUGAUAUUUAGAGAGGACAAUAAAUCUUUUAUACAUGCAUUGCCUGUGAUUGUUAAAUCGACGGAUCAGAAUAUUAAAGAAAUUUUACAGCAACAACUGGUGCGAAAGUUUUUUUUGGUCGAUAAUGUAAGCGGUUUCAAAGCAUUAUCAAUAUUUAUGAACAAUAACUUCACGAAAGCGUCAGAGCUCUCGGUGCUUCGAUACAUGAAAUCUCUGACUAUUUUAGUAAAUGUUCAAAAUGGAAAAGACCAUGGCAAAAUUUAUGCGCCCUUUUUAAUCGUGGAAUACGAUGAAUUAACAUAUCAAGAUUUCCUCGACAACUCCGAUGUUGUAAUAGAUUACAAAGUUACAUAUGUAUUAAAGGAUAAUGAUAUAGACUAUAAUGUUGAGAUAACUAUCGGAGUUUUGACGGGAAUAGCUUUGAUAUUUGCCAGCAUCAGAGCGUGGAAUUACUACAAGUGGAAUUACAAUGGCAAUCUCAACAUAGCAGUGUUAUUGUGGUUCUUGAUCUAUGCUAUGGGCGCGAUUGGAAAUAUGAUUACUUUCGUAUGCAUCAGCGUGUGUAUAUAUCUAUUCGUCUUUUAUAAAGGCCAAACAGUACCGUACAUUCUACUUCCCGAUGAAGAUAGUGAAAAAAGAAUCCAAACAUACAUUAUCAUAGCGUUUAGUUUUAAGAUUAUAGAAAUGAUAGGAUUUGUUUAUCAGCAAUGGGGUUUAAGUAUAUUUUUCAUCGACUGGGAGCAACCGAGAACGAUACGUAACGAAUCGAAGUACGAUUCUCCGCAUACCUCUCUACGAAAAUUGUACUCCAAUAGAUUUCCGAGGGGCGAAGGCAAAUCGUCGAGAAUAACAUCGGACAUUAUCGCGUCCAAGCGAAAGAGAAGAUCGCACAAAACGAACAAGAACACAAGCCCGAAUGAUACGUUCAAGUCUUCUUCGAUUGACAAAUAUACGCCGGAUUUCUCUUCCGUCUAUUCGCUCGCGAGAUCUCCCUUACGAGAGACAACUGAGCAUAAUUAUACGCAUAAUUUUCCGAUCAGCGUUUGGAGAACAUAUUUCGUCGCGAACGAAUGGUGCAAAUUGCAAACCAGAAGAAAAAUAAACGUGGCAUUGCAAUCAAUUUAUACUCUAUGUAUUUUAAAGAUAUUCGACUUGGAAUCGUGGAUGCUGGCGGUACCAGAAUCGACUGCUAUAGAUAAAUCUUCCGAAGCGGACAAUAAUUUUACCUUACAAUAUGCGAUUUGCACGUUUGUAUACGCAUUCGUAUAUUUCGCACAAUGGUUAAUCCGUGUUACAUUUUACGAAAGAUAUAUCAGAAAUAGACUGCAAAAGUUUGUAGAUUUAUGUUCGGUCGCAAACAUUAGCGUGUUCGUCUUAGCGCACAAUUAUUAUGGUUUUUACAUCCAUGGAAGAUCAGUACAUGGAUUCGCGGACACUGAUCUUCCUACUCUGAUAAACGACCUGAAAAAGGAGGAAGAUAACUUGUGCGCACAUAGAGGUCUGGUACCUGGCACAACCGAUCAGACUUUUAUAGUAUCGUUGACCCAUUCAUUUAAAUCUUUGUACGAUCAACUCAUGAGACAAAAGGAUAAUGGAAGCAUAGGAACUUUAAAAGGAAGUAAUUCACCUUCAAAAAGUUGGAAACAAUUAUCAGAAACGAGGUCAAAAGUGAGAUUAUUUCUAAUGCAAUUUCUGGAUCAUUAUUCGGAAAAUGAAGAUUAUAUAAUCAAAGAACAGUAUAUAUUAGAGAAACUAUGUGACAUUCUUUUUGUGAAUGCCAAAGAUAAAUCCGUCUUCUAUAUUGAUAACAAUUAUUCCUUCAAUAAAAUGAUACUUUAUGGAAACGAAUGGCUACUAGCAACAUUCGAGAUCACCGUAUUUGCCUUCUUUUUGGCAAUGUAUAAUUCUUACAUUUUUGCCUGCAUAACGACUGUUCUCGUAUCACAACUAUUCCUGAUAGCUAUCAGAUGUAAUGUUAAGAGAAAUCUGUGCAACAAGUCGUUACUGGAUAAAAGAUUCCUAAUGUAA